UGCUUCAAUGGUUGCGAGGCUCACGCUUUGCUGUCAGAGGGACGCGAGCGCAGACCGCGUGCAGUGUUUGGAUAGCGCUCCCCGGUUUUUAUCUUCCCGCCUGUUGGCCGUGUUGUGGUUGCUACCGUGUAUUUGAAAGUAUCGCAUGCUUUUCGGUGACGUGCUUUUUGGUGAAGAAUGUGAUACGACGGAUAUGUGGUGUUGUGGUGUGGUACAAGUGAAGUGUACAUGACUUGGGGCGCAAGCAUGGAGGGAUUGAAGUCUGUGGUCGUGGUGUGGCUCUGCGCUGGGUUGAUGCUACGACACGAAGUGUCUCCCUUCCAACAUGACCGGCGCGGCCCUUCUUUCAUCCACGAACCCCCGCGGCGCGUCAACUUUUCCAACGACACGGGGGCGAGCGUUCCUUGCACCGCCGUCGGGUCGCCGGAGCCACGCGUUCAAUGGACAACGUCGGACGGCGUUCCGGUGACGGACAUUCGCAGUCUCCGCUACGUGCGGCCCAACGGGUCUCUCGUAUUCCCGCCCUUUCGUGGGGAGGAUUAUCGACAGGAUGUUCAUGCUGCCAUCUACCGGUGCACUGCUUCCAACGCACUCGGCACCAUCGUUAGCCGAGACGUGCGCGUGAGAGCUGUGGUUCGCCAAGCUUACCAAGCGGAAGUGUACGACGAGUAUGUCGUCACCGGAAAUACUGCCGUCAUGAAGUGCCACAUACCGGGCUUCGUUCGUGAUUUCGUCACCGUAACGUCAUGGAUCGAAGAGCCGUCAGGAACUGUAAUUGACUCCAGCUCGGCUACAGGAACGAAAUACCAAGUAUUCCCUGAAGGCGAGCUCUACAUCCGAGACGUGGAUAAGGGCUACGCGUAUCGAAGUUACCGGUGUCAAACGAGGGACACUUUAUCGCCUGACGUUAUCCACAACUCUCUACCGGGCCGUCUCAUCGUUUCCGAUUCCCACAGCAGCCUUGUGCCUCGCAUCGUGCACUCUCGCACGAGGAUCACUGCCACAGCUGGUUCAGCUAUGUCGCUUCCCUGCGCGGCUCAUGGCUCUCCCCCGCCCCGUUACCGAUGGCAACGCAGCGACGGGGCCCCGGUUUUCCUGGACCAGCGAACCAGUCAACUGGAUGGAGUACUGUUCAUUCGAAAACUCUCCUCUCGAGAUGCGGGGAAAUUGACGUGUGUCGCAGCCAACAGCGCCGGAGAAGACCGGGCUGUCACUGACGUGAUUAUUACUGAGCCGUUGGCCGUAAGCAUCCAGCCAACACGCCAGCAGGCUCAUGUGGGACAAGCGCUGAACAUCAAGUGUUCGGUAACUGGACAUCCUGUGAAUGCCGUAGUAUGGACACUAAACGGACGUCAACUGCAUCACGGCGAUCGCGUGCCGAUGACGUCUUCGGACACGCUCACGAUACGUUCAGUGCAGAAGGAGGACAAGGGGAUGUACCAAUGCUUCGCUACGAACGACGAGGACGUCGCGCAGGCGACGUUUGAACUUUCCUUAGCAGAGGAUCUUCCAGAACUUCGUGAGACGUUCCACACAGAGACAGUGGAACCAGGACGUCGACUGUCUCUGAAGUGUUCCGCUUCCGGUAGUCCUCUGCCCCAGAUCACGUGGGCCUUAGAUGACGCCCCGGUCCCCGAAACACACAGGGUUCGCUUUGGAGACUACGUCACGCAGUUUGGCGUUGUCGUCAGCUACCUUAACUUCUCUGUCAUCGAGGUUCAAGACGGGGGCGAGUACCGCUGCACAGCCAACAACGGCGUUGGAGCUGUGGUGCACUCCGCUCGAAUCAACGUACCAGGGCGCCCUGUUGUCCGACCUAUGCGUAACCUUACGGUUUUAGCUGGAGAGGUUCUCCGUCUUCGAUGUCCUGUGGCCGGGUAUCCCCUCGAGUCGAUAGCGUGGGAAAGAGCUGGUGUAAAGCUCCCCUACAACCACAGACAAAAGGUUCAUGACAAUGGGACACUAGAAGUUCACCACGUCGAGAGAGCAACAGACGAGGGACCGUACACGUGCGUUGCCAAAGACGCUGAAGGCCACAGCGCUGAGAACAACGUAUACGUUAACGUUAAAGUUAAGCCGACCAUCGAGCCAUUCAGCUACCCACCAUCCAUUCGGGAAGGUCAAAGAGCCUCGGUCAUGUGCACCGUCAGUAGCGGCGACAUGCCCAUCAACAUCACGUGGUACAGAGACGGUGAGCCUAUCGGACCUGCCAAUCCUCAAACACGCGGGAUACUUGUCUCCACUGUGGCCGACUACUCGUCUACGCUACACUUCAAGUCUGUGCGUCUUGAGUACCGUGGGAAUUACACGUGCGUCGCUUCAAAUGACGCCGGCACCGUCAGUUAUUCCACUACGAUGGUGAUCCAUGUUCCUCCUCAAUGGGUGAUCGAGCCCACGGAAACUUCCGUUGUGAAGGGCAAGAACGUGGUCAUCGACUGUGAGGCUGAUGGAUUUCCGUUGCCUAGAGUCAGAUGGACGAAAGCUGAGGGAGAUGCCCCACGUGACUUUAAGCCAAUCGUGAGCAGCGCCCAUGUUCAGGUGUUCGAAAAUGGGUCUUUGGGCAUCAACGGCGCAAAGGAAGAUGAUGCUGGAUACUUCCUAUGUCAGGCGUCUAAUGGUAUAGGGCAAGGACUGAGCAAAGUCGUCAAGGUCACAGUCUAUAUCGCUGCUCACUUCAAGACCAAGUUCACAGCAGAGAUGGUUCGAAAAGGUCAGAACACCCGUCUCAAGUGCGAUGCCACGGGUGAUAAGCCCAUCUCCAUCUCCUGGCUUAAGGAUAAACAGCCGGUUAGUCCUAAGCAAGAUGCAAGGUAUGAGCUUGUUGAGACCAUUCAAAAUACUGGCGUCACUUCGGAGAUCAUCAUCCGUCAGGCUGACCGCCGCGAUUCAGCACUUUUCACCUGUAUCGCCACCAACAACUUCGGCCAGGACGACACCAAUACCCAACUUAUAGUUCAAGAACCACCAGAUGCCCCACAAGACCUGAAGGUCCUCGAAGUCACCAGUCGCAGCGUCCGCCUGGAAUGGACAGCGCCCUAUAGCGGCAACAGUCCCAUAACGCACUACACGGUGCAGUAUAAAGACGAGGGAUCUAAAUGGCACGCCAAGAUGCAGAACUUGAGUACGGUUGCGUCAGAGACGUCUGGGACAGUACGAGGUCUGAAGCCUUCAGCUGUCUACCACUUUAGAGUGUUUGCUGAAAACCGAAUCGGCCGUAGCGACGGAAGCCACGCUGUCAAGACAACGACAACUGAAGAAGCGCCGGGUGGGCCUCCGUCGAAAGUCAGAGCGCUUCCGACAAGUUCGCAGUCCAUUAAGGUUUCUUGGAAGCCACCUGGCAAGGAACUCCAUUUUGGCACGAUCAUAGGGUACUACCUUGGAUACCGUGUAGCUGGUUCUUCUGAGCCAUACAUCUACAAGACAAUGGACACCACUUCAGCCGGUAAUGCCGGAGGAGAAUGUGAAUUGACUGGGCUCAAGCGAGCUACCCAGUACGGAGUCAUAGUGCAGGCUUACAAUAACAAAGGUACCGGGCCGCCUUCUGACCAAGUGGUGGUGCAGACGUUAGAUAGCGAUCCUCCAUCUCCACCUUACCUGAGGGUUGAAAGCACCACCAGCUCUUCGGUCACGUUGCGGUGGGAGAGAGCCGCUCAGGACCAGAAUCCUGUUACCGGUUACUACAUAAGAUGGAAAGGCUCUGAAGGCGGUGACUGGAAGGAGACCCAUGUACCGGGAGACCAGAACACGCUGACGAUUGGAGAUCUUCAGUGUGGAUCCCGCUACGUCUUUACUGUUCGCGGUCACAAUUCUGCCGGAACCGGGGACGCGAGCGAAGUUGCCUCUGUUAAAACGGCUGGAGCAGCUCCCGUAGCUCCAGACCGUACCUCCUUGGUUCAGAGCAACGCCAGCAGCGCCCUGCUGUCCCUAGCAGCAUGGCACAACGGCGGCUGCCCGAUACGUCAGUUUACGGUGAGGUAUCGUCGACAGAAAGACUACGCGACAGGUAUCUGGACGACGCUACACGCUCAGGAUCCCGAGCGUUCCCCUCGCCUUGAACUGCGUGACCUGUCCCCGUCGACAUGGUACACGGUACAGAUGACGGCGCACAACUCUGCCGGAGCAACCGAAGCUGAAUACGCGUUUGCAACUCUCUCGAAAGGUGGAAGUGCAGACCACAUCACACCACGGAAGGACGUCCAGCGCGAAUCAUCGACGGGAAUCUCUGAAGUGACAGUCGUCGUCCCCGUGGUUGUUUCCAUCCUGGUGGUCGUCGCCGUACUCGUUGUGGUGUGCUUGGUGGUGCGAAGGAAACAUUCCUCCGGGAGCACGCAGAGUGGUAGUUCAUUAUACGGCACUCGAAAGACCGUCAUGCAAGAGACGAUGCAGAUGACCGACAUGGAAGGAAAACUGGGCAAAGGUUGUUCGAGCACGGCAUAUUUCCCGGCCCCUUAUGCCACUACGCACUUGGGCACAAGAGGCCCGGAAAAACGCACAGACCACCUGGAUGAACCGCUGUAUGCUACAGUGAAACGCACACCGCGGCCACCCAGGUCAGAUGGACAUAUUUACCAGUGCCCAGCGCUCGCAAGGAACGGUCGACCAGCAUCGAGAGUCACCUGAGACGAGGUUUUUCUUAUGACGGACGAAUUCCAUUCAACCAAUGAACUCAAGUGCCACGAUGACGUCCUUCUAAUCGAAGAAAGUCACCUGCAUAUGUGCCAAACGAACGGAGCAACACGAACGUUUAAAACCGUCACAACGGCUGCCUACGCCUGCGCAGCACUCACAGAAGUAGCCGUCUAAAGUUAAAAUUACUAAGUAAAAAGUUUAAAAUACCUAAACGACUUCUGCGUGAACUGCUGUGACUACGUCUUGGCAUCGUGUCCGUAACAAUGUAAAUGUCUGAAAAAGAGACGACACUGAUGCAACAACACUAUCUGACCUCGCUCUAAAGCUGAUCCAUAUUUUGAGUUACCCUGUGCAGCAGUGUCACGUGAUCCGUGACGUCAUGAAACGCCCUGUGGAGAGUGCUUCGUAUAGACGGCCUGUGUACAUAACGACAGUGCUUACUGUGAACAACAACAACUUGCCUUGUGCCUUACUGCUGUGUUUGGAUACCCGACAACGAAGAAUCGACUUCGAAGGUGUGUGGCGCGUCGGAGUUGUGCUGUUUAGAUCAUCCACGGCGUGACGUCACUAUACAGCGUUAUCGUGAUCGUACGAAUAAUACAAGCUGGAUAAGAGAGUGAGUAAUAUGAAUGGUAAGGUUGUGUGGUGGACGUGCUCGCGUUAGCGAACGAGAGCAAAACAAGACGUCCGCAUGUGAUUUGCGGGAAAGCCUGAAAAGCAGCGACAUCGUGAGUGUUCUUUUACGAAGCACUGGAUCUGUGCGUAGUCUCUGUUUUGUUAUUCGGUUGUGGAAAGGGAAGGAAUAAUCAUUACCGUUAUAACUAUCACCCGAAUUGAGAGAGUGCCAGCCUCUCUUGAAGUUCACAACGAGAGCAUUGCAAGUAAUUGCAUUUGAACAUUCCAAAACGCGCGCUAACGUCACAAUGAACCGCAGCUCGUCGAGUCUCUCGAAGCGGCUCCCACUAGCGAAUGUCGCUCACGUUAUUUUGACAGCCAACAGUAAGGAAGAAGUUCCCACGCAUUGCCGUUUCGUAAGGUGUAAGGUGCAAAAUGCAGAGGAGCAAGAAUAUUUCCAUGGCGCCUGCGGUAUAACUCGCGUCUAGAAUUAAACGGUUACAUCCCUCUUGAGUGCUCCUUUCCGAAGACUUCUCCGUUAAACAAUAAGAUCAGGUUUGGAAACGGUACGUGCCCUGAACGGUUCUGUCAGGAUGAGCUGCCUUUGAAAAAAUUUAUGUGUGUUAGAGUCGGAGCCGAAUAACGUCGAAAUGUGCCCCAUGAAUUGGAACUGGAGAGAAUAGGACACGUGGAAUGUGCCUCUGUGAGUUUGUGACGACAGUUUGCGAACAAGGGACUGUCCGACAAAGAGUGUACAAGCAGCGCAUCACUCUGUUUUGAACAUUCAGGAACUUCGCCGCUGUGACCCCCAUGCGGAAAAACGAGAAACUAUGCGUGUGCUUCUGAAGUACCAAAGACGGACUUUCGAAUCUGCUAUUGUGAUAUUUCUGUAAGAUUGGAGCGAGUAUAUUCUCGAAGUGAAAUACAGGAAGCAUUUUAGCAGCA